GUGACAGUUGUGAUCAGUAGCUGGUUCUCAUGUGGAUUACCUUUAACUGCUGGUGCUGCUUUGUUGUUGGACGAUUUAAAAAUGUGCAUCAAAUAUUUUGCAUUUGCUCUUCUUUGGUUUCCUGGAGUGCUGCACGCACAGAGCACCACACAGGCCUGUGAUGCUCCCACACUGGACGGUGGCUUCUUUGCCCCAAAGCAAGAGACUUACUCUCACGGCACCAAGCUGAGCUACACCUGCAACGAAGGACGUCAGCUAGCAAUGAAGGGUUGGUGGGCAACCAGCACAUGUCACAAUGGAAGAUGGUCUCAUCAGCCACAGUGUAUAGAAAGCAUGAAUGCGUGCAGCGUGCCUCCUAAAAUCCCCCAUGCAGUCAUCGUUCAUCAGGACUACCAGGAAGUGUUUGCAGCAGGUUCAGAAGUGCAGUAUGAGUGUGAAGAUGGAUACACUGCAGAGGGAGCACACAACAAAAAAUCUGUGUGUACACAAGGAAGCUGGGCACAAGGCCCGACCUGCACAUCUUCUAGCACCUCUGACUCAAAUAACAGAGACAGUAGACCCAUGCUGAUGAAUGUUCGGUCGUGUGGAGCCCGCCCAUCCAUUGAAAAUGCUAUAAUUGUGGAAGAAGGUCCAAUGUAUUUGAAAUACCAGUGUAAUGGCUUUUACAAACUAGUUGGUCCAGACACUGUGAAUUGUUACAGUGAUGGUAGCUGGUCCAAACUACCCACCUGUGAAGAAGCGUUCUGUGUGGUGGAUCCUGCUAGAUAUGCUCGUCAUGGUCUUGCAGUAACUCAAUCUGAAUACAUGCGGGAAGGAGAGACAAAGACUUUUCGUUGUACUACAAGAGGCUCUUAUGCCUAUGUUCGGUGCACUAACAGAAAAAUAGCUUUGACCAGAUGUUGUAGUGACUAUUUACAUGGAUAUUAUGAUGAUUGCAGAAGAUUCAGAGAACCCAACUGACAACACGACCUUUCUGAAACUCUUCAACCAGAACCUGCAGAGCAACAAUGAAACAUGUUUCUUUUCUUUGUACAGUUUUGGGGCUGAUUGUUCUUUAAACACCAAACUGUCCAUAAAUGUUUUGAACUUUUCAUGCACUCAGUACAUGAUGUGUACACUGAAUCCAUAAAGUGUCGAUGGCUGGCUGAGGUCUGAAUUAAAUGUUUCAUCAUCAGA